GGGGGAGGUUGCUGCCUAUGGUGUAUUUCCGUUGAGGGAGCACCGUCGCACUCGCCGAGCCCGAGAUGAAGAAUAAAUCGGCGUUAAACGACUGUCCGAAGAGAGCCUGUUUCCAGUGAGGGAGAAUGGGACGGCAUGGAGGACAGGGAAGGAUCUCACCGACGACAACGAUAAAGAGUUCAAAUGUGCAUACAGGCUGAAUCGAACGACGCGGCCAUUUUGGUGGUUAUAUGUGGCCACGGGAAGCUCGGCGCGAAUUGGCGGAAGCUCGUGGGUCCUGCAGAAACCGGAAGCGGAGAAGACACCGUGUGCGAAAGAAUACGCGGCCCUCUGCUGGUCCGCCCUUUUGGCGGCAUGGUCCUUUGGGCCACCAUACUAUUCCUUCAAGGAGCUGGUUUUGUAGGCUCUAUGACUGGAAUCCCAGGCGUGCCUGAAAACAUCACAGUUAUGUUCCUGAAUCCAACAUCGGUUCGCGUUUCCUGGAGCACCAGCCAGGUCGAACAAAUCGAGAAAUACGACGUGACAUACAAACCCACAGAUGCAAGUUACAGGGUGGUGGCGGUGGUCGCGGGGAACAGCGAAGCGGUGACUCUGAGCGGCCUCAGAGCCGAUACACAGUAUCAGCUGGUCGUUACUGCUGUCAAGGCCGGCAAGAAGCUGAGGAGUCGACCGAUCGUCUUCCGUACUCUCGAACCGCCAAGAACGUCUCCACAACAAGAUUCGUCAGUAACCGGAGGACCAAUUCCUCCUCCUCCAUCUGCUCAACAACCUCAGCCAUAUUUGCAGAUACGUGGCGUGGAAGUAGGCAUAGUCGUCCUGGUGUUAAUAGUCUGGGCGGGGGCGAUAGCCCUGUUUUUCAACCGAUGGGGUAAAAUUCGCAUGUUGCUGCCAUAUCAGCCCGACUACAAAGAGCAGCUCAAGGUUCCUGGAACGGGGGUUUGCGCUGCAGCAAAUGCAGCUUGCACUCAGCACUCCUCGCAGCACGCUUGCUCCCAGCAUCUGCACUGGUCGAACCACCACGUGGACUCCGUAGACAGCGGAGGUGGAGCUGGAAGUGGAAUAAGCUCCGGAUGGCCAAAGCAAACCAGACCUCGGGUCAACAGUGCCAUCGACGUAGCCGGCUUUCUGUCUCAGGAAUUCCUUCGCCGUCAUGGGUCCACGUCCAGGCUCUGCCGAAAAGUUCGCAGUGCAGACAAUUUGCCGCUGGAGACGUCAAAUCGACAGCAGGAUCACUGCAGCCAUUCGAGGGACGAAGUGGUGGAGGGAGACCGAGAGACCUUCUUGAGGGCUUGUCAGGAGGAACAGGAGAGGAACGAGGAAAUCGAGUCCAGGAGGCAGAGCAGCCAGGAAAGUGGUCCGAAGGAUGUCACCGAGACGUCCUUCCUGGAGUCUUCCUCUCAUCAGCCGCAAUCCUCCUCGAGGGAUUCUUCGGCGACUUCUUCGUCGUUGGUCGCACGUCGUUUUACCGGAUGGAGGAUGGGCGGAAGUCACGAGUAUGUCCGAUGCCCGGUACGACAGCCAGCCUCAUUAGAUGAUAGGUUCUACCGAAGGAUCUACGAGCCGGACAUAAUCCGACUGCCCCGUUCCCACCACCACUACCAUCAUCGGUUGGACGGGGAGCGACACACGAAGAGCUGCGACUACGCGAGACGGACCCCGGAGUCCAGCAUGGAGGUUCAACACUUCGGCUUGCCGAUCCUUAGCAUCUCCGAGCCGAGUCCUCCGGACGAGACAGACCGGGUGGACGACUAUUUGUAGGACUUGCUUGCCGAGGACUUCCUCAAGGAGCUCCUCGUAUGACCGCGUGUCGCCCCAGCCCCAGUCCCGUCGCCAAAAAGGGACCAUCGGGAUUAUCGGGAUCAUCGAUGUCCCCAGGGUCUAAACUCGGACUUUAAGUUGGGUGUCGAGUCACGCCCCAAUCCAGGCCCCGUCCCGAUUUCGGACACCCCCACGAUUCGGCACCACCUCGGUAGGAUCUUGUACCAGGACCCGUCCACCGGGACGUCUUGGUCCACCCUGCGAAUCCGAAGAGGACUUUCAUCCCUGGGCCAGGCUCCGGAAUGCAAUUCCUAGGUCGACGCCUCGCUCUAAGGACUUGUCGUGGGCUAAUCGAACACCUAGCCUGGUUCUCGGUUUUCUGGACCCUUCACCGAAUUAAUUACGUACUCGAUGAGGUCCCCCGAGCCACUGAAGGGAGGAUGCCGGAGGAGAGGUCCAAACCUCCCGGUUAAUGCACAUAUCUCAGAAGCGCAUUACAUAUCCCUUGUGCAGGACGUUGAUGAGGAUCGUGAAAACGAUCCUUUGACUAAUCCCGUGAGAUAUUCGGACCCCACGGGAAGUGGGCACCACAGGAUGGGCUGGAGGUCGAAUGCGAACGCUUGCUAACUGGAUAUGUAGGUAUCCAAGCGUAUUGAUCGGAGCUCUCGUUAAGGGGUGAGAACUUCGCUGUUUUAUGGACUAAUGAUUUAUCGAGUGUUGGGAUUUGUUUGUAGUAAUUGUAACGUUGACAACUGAUCAUGGCGACCAAGAUUUUGGGCUAGAUACUGUAAAGUCUGGUUUAAAUAGUGAUAUAGCGAUGCUCUUUCAUUGUGGAAAUUACUUUCAUUCUUUUAGGGCAAUGAACGUUAAAGUGUAAUUAAAACGUAACUAUUAAACUAAAAUUCUGUUACAUUAGUUAUGCAAUAUUAUACAACGAAGAUGUGCAAUAAUUUGAACGCUACUUCGUAAUCUGUUUAAUUUGUAACGCUAAAGCCUUGAAUGAUAAAAACGAGACAUUCAUGGAUAAUUAUUGCGCAUUCGUUAACGUUACUAAUUACUCCAAAUCUAUUAGCGAGGUAAAUCGAGUUGGUAUCGUAAUCCUAGCUUCAAGUGCAAUUUUCAAGAACAAGAACUUCUGUCAGAAAAGAAACCGUCCUCUAUUUUCCAAUCAAAAUUUUGAGUUUAAACGGUUCAAUUGACAAAUGCAAUUUCUUAACAAUACGCAAUGGUUUUUACGCCAAAUCAAGAGAAACAUUUGAGGCCGACUUGGAAAAUGCGUACAACGAUUAUUUUUAAAGUAUACCAUGUCAAUUGACGAAGUAUCGCAUUCGGCUUCUCAGCUUUUCAGGGAGAGAUCCUUCCUCGAUCAAUCGAUCACCCUCGAUAGACGAUCUGAUCGAAAACGCAAACUCCACAAUCGUCCGCCCAAAAGGACCAAAUGAAUCGCGAGACAUCGACCCUUAUCACGAAUUCUAAAAAAAACGAGUCGUUUUCGACGAGAACCCUGCAAAAAGUUUUCCAACUUCCAGAACGAGCCCUCCUCAGGUCUACGGGAACUCCGGGAGAAAGAAAAGUAAAACAAGGAUAAAGCAGGCAUCUACCUAAUCGAUGUAACCUCGGGAACACGAAGAGGUACCGGAAGGUAAUCCAAAAGGUAUCGGUGUGUGCGUAUUUAGUACUUCCACGAAAUCAUAGUAGGAUGAAUUCGUGCCGAUCAACGAUUCAUUUAAGACCAAACUCACCGUUCACCGUUUAAGUGUGCACAAAUACAUGAUCGUUCAUCCUUAAGCACGUAAACCGCGGUUAAGUGACCCUUGACAGACAUAACCUGCUUUAACACUUAAUAUGGGACUAUAAAAUAAUCAGCGAUUUCCUGGAUUCUAAUAUACCUAGAAUCAUUUUCUUGCAUAGAAAGAAUUAAUGUUUUAUAUAAUACAGUACCUGAUAAUAUUGAUACUCAACAUUGGCAGCUUUUACAGUAAACAAACAACCUGGACAUUGAGUCACUAAUUGUAAACGUAUUUAUUGUUUAUUAGUUUUCAGUAAUCUCUUUUUCGUUUACUUGUCUUAUUUUCUUACUGUUAGACCGAUCAACGUCGAGUUUGUUGUAAUUUUUGCUUCACCUGGUAAGGAGACGUCUUACCACUCGCUGUAAUAAGACUUGGGGUAAUUGUAAACGCGGUUUACGGUGUUAAGGGGAACAAUCGAUAGCGUAACCUUAACUCUUACAACCUUCGUACAUAGGUCCUCCCUCUUUCUCGUAUAUUAUGUUGAUUGAUCGAUCCCGGCUCGGUCGUGCACUAAUUCCCUACAGCGUGACCUCGUGUUUCUCUUCUGUAAAUAUAAUCGAGAAUUCCUCGGCCGAAUCAUCGAUAGGUCUUGUCGAUUUCUAGGGAUCACUUUUAAGGACUAAGGUGAGUGUAGGUCGAGACCGUGACGCGCGUCGAAUGUGGAACAAGCGGCCUGUGUCCGCCCUUCGUAAAUUCGGUACUCUCCUGUACAAUUAUACAUACGAUUAUAAAUAUAUAUAUAUAUAUAUAUAUAUAUAUAUAUAUGUUAUGUAUAUUAUAGAUAGGUGCGUGUCUUAGAUACCGAGGCAGAGGCGUUAAACACCUUAUAUUCGUAUUUUAUCGUGGCUCGUUAAGUUUGUACCACGAUGUAAUGUUACGAGGAGUAGAAGAGAAUGCCAAUUCGCGUGGAGGUUCGAUGGUAACUUUGAAGGAUGGUAAGGAUACAAAUUUUUGGUUCCAUAGAUCGGAUGAAAAUAAAGUUAGAAAGAGCUGGAAGUUGGGACAGGAGAUAUCCGGUUCAUAUGCAGCAUGAAAAAAUGAAGGAAAUGUUCUUACAGAGCAAAUAUUAAGUCUCAUUGUAAAACCUAAAGUUCUGAACAAGUCAAAGAGAAUUUAUUCCCGCGUCACUGAUUCAUUUGAGGCUAAAUUAAAUGGAUUUAAUCAAAUUUAGUGAUUUAUUUCCGCGACAGAUUUAUUAAGUCGAGUGGAACUUGAUUUAAGGAAUUCCAUUCUGAUUUAUUAUCAGGGAAGUUUACCUACUGAUAUUUUAGGCUUCCGUUACUUUUCGAGUUUACUUACAACGGCAUGGAUUUAAUUAAUUAAAAUUGUAUGAAAAAUAAUGGAAAUUUUUAUCUUUGACUAGUAUGAAGUGCAUUUACAGAAUCCUGGAAAUCUCCACGUGUUUAUUAGAAGUGGUACAUUCGUUGAAUGUCCUUUAGUACCCUGUCCCGUUUAUUGCCAGUCCGAAGGGACAUAUUCUGCUUUUUUCUCCCGUCUUUUACGCCACCAGACUUUUGCCUCGUAAAAUAUAAAAGUUCGUACUCUUAUCGCGCCCUUAGAGGCCGAGAGUGCUGGCUGAUAUAGUUUACAUCAGGGCGGAUGCACUCUCGACUCUAAAAGUGCAAAGAAAGUACAGCCCAUUGCCCCCGAUAUCAAACACGUGAUUUAAAACGUAAGUGACUUUUUUUUAAUUUUUCUCGUGAUACAUUUUUAACAAAUUCUGACCGUAAAAUCUACCACUCUCGCAUAUCCAAUAUGUGCUUUCUUUUUAAUUACUGCACGGAGUAGUCAGAUAUUUUGCUUCAUUUUUCACGCGUUAUUAUAAAUAAUGGGACAAAACGGAAUAAUGUCCCACUUGCGAUAAUAAUCCCAACGGUCCAAUUGAGGCAUGUAAAUAUCCGUGCUUUUGUAUGAUCUCACUCUGUGAUACCAACUCCAUUUACCGCAAUUCCAUCCCUUCAAGCACGUACUUGUAUUUCACUUCCGGUUAAACAUAUAUAUCCAAACGGCAUUCCCGGGAGUUGAGUUUGCAGCGAAUUUCCAUUAUUCGCGUUGGAUACGAAACCUUGAAGGCCGCGGGCAUUUCUACGUUACACGGGACAUUAAAUAAUGUGACAUUUGGUGCAAUACUUCUUAUUCCAAUUAAUUCAGAAUAUUACCCUAAUUUUUUUCACUUUAAUCCGUAUAUUUUAACUCUUUGUCGCGUAUCAAUCACUCCUCGUUAAAUAACUCUCUCCAUUUCUUUUAUUUUAUAUUUUGCAAAUCAUUCAUAAAAACAUGGCGGCCACUGUAUUAGCUUUCAAAAUUCUGCACUUAAAAAUUGAUUAUAAAAAAUAUAAAGCCAAAAAUCACGAAACAUCCAUAAAGAAGGUUUCCUAGAAUUGAAAUAUGAAAAAGUUAUCAAACAAAAAUCACGGAAAUAUUUAUAAAAAGACAGAAACGAAAAGGCGCAUUGCGGACGAUUACUGAUAAACUGUUGUAGAUAAUUGCCAAUAAAUUUCAGGAGACCGUUGAGUUAAACGAUUUCGAGGGCCACUUGAAUAUCACAUCAUACACAGUGAUGAAAACUCGGAAAGCAGUCGAGUUUCCUUUUAUUCUAGUGCUCCUAUACAGUGAUAGGUAGAUAUUCCGCCAAUGUCCUUCUAUACAGGCAACACAUUGAACCGAAAGUGGCACUUCACUCCACGUGUGUGGGGAGUACGUGAUUUCGAAAGAGGAAUUGCCUCGAGUGCACUCGCAUUCAUCCUUAAACGCGAUAUUUCUGUGAGGAGAUACGGCUGGGGGACAGGAAAAGUUCUAUCGCGUUUCCGGAAAAUGCUCUGCGGAUGCAUUACGCACGUAUUGCAUCGUUAAACAUAUAAGAAGCGGUAUCAGCCCGGAAUUUAUUGCGAGGAUCUGCGCGCUUAUAUGCCAAAAAUGUGGCAUAUAGUGCCACAUUUGUGAGAAUAAUUUUGAGGAAUAGUCAUUUUCCCAAUGUUAGGUUUUCAAUGAAAUGAUGUCUCCCGAUGUACCAAAUGUCAUGGCGAUUUUAGUAAUUCAUUAUUAAAUUUUUAAACGUGCCAACGUUGAAACUAUUUCUUGUCUCCAAUUUAUCGGUCUUUUCCACUGGGAAAUUGCAACAGAAAAUUAUGUACCUUGCACAAAGCCCGUACUAAAUAUUUGUAUCGCAGAAUUGUAUUCUUUUAACGUUCGCGCGUGCAAGAAGGGCAAUAAUUUGUCCAGAAUAUUAAACUUGCAAACGGUAAAGUAAAGUUAUCAAUGGGCGAUGCUUUCCCUCGCUGGCUUUAAUACAUUGUCUAGUACGUCAUUAUUCUUUUCCCUCGUUCCCACCCUCUCUUUAUACCGAUUUGCGGCGAAAAAUGCUCUACCGAUUCACCGCAUGACACAUAAAAUACUAAAACGAUGUGCGAGUUUAACGCAAAGAUUUAACGAACUUCUCUACCUUGCUGUUUUUGUAUCACGUGGGAAUAAGUCUUAAUUUUAUCAUAAAGCUUUUUAACUUCUUGAAAUAUGAAUACGUCGAUAUAAAUCGCUAAAUAUUUAAUUGAAAAAAAAGUAAGUCUAUGAAAAAACAGACGUAAGUCUGUUAAGAAAUUAGGGAUAAAAUAUCCUAGAAGAAAGUAUCCCUUGUUACAUUUAUACUUACAGCUUUAUACCACUAAUAUAAUAAUUACUUCGGCGUUCAAUAAAUAGACAAAAUAUAAUUUGGAUUACCUGCUAUUUUGAAUAAAAUUUAUUACAUGAUAAUGCAGUGCUUUCACCAUCAUUUACUAUUUACUGUAACUAAAUAUUCUGAAGGAUAUGGAAAUCCAAUUCUCUUUCAAUGUUCUCUUUGAGUAAAAUUGUAGCGACAACCA